AUGGAGCAGACCUUUAUGACCAUUCAUAACCUCUCGCCCGAUGCCAAUAUCCUCUUUGCAUCCGAGUCAGUAGUUGACAUCCUGGGAUGGCAACCACAAAAUGUGCAGGGCAAGUCGAGCUUCGAUUAUUUCCACCCGGAUGAGGUACCGUUCGCGCGCUCUGUACACAGCAGGGGAGUCUUGCUCGACAAGGCCGCCGUUCUACACUAUGCCCGGAUACUAUCGCGAGAUGGUCAGUGGAUAAGUUGCGAGUGUUGCUUCACCGUCGUCCACGACGUUUUGGUGGCAUGCACAAGCAUCUAUCGCCGUGGUGAAAGAAGCCAGAGACGGGCUUAUGAGGCUCCUCAGAUUCGGCGCAUCUUCUCGUCUUCCCCGAGGGACCCGCGAUACCAUAUGCUGGAACACCUCUCACCGAAGUUCAAAAUGCAACCCAUGGAGCGCGAGCCUCGUGCUGCCUUGAUACUGAACAGGUUCACCAGAACAUUGAAUGUCAUGUUUGCUACCGAUGCCGUCGCCUCGAUCCUGGGCGUGGAACCGGACCAAAUCCAGAACAAGAGCUUCUACGAGUGCAUUGCCGAGAACUGUCUGGCGGAUGCCAUCAAGUGCCUCGAAAGCGCCAAAGCAAACGACUCGAUAGCCUACUUGCGCUUCUGGUAUCGAGACCCUCGGAGAGAUGAAGACUUCGAAGGCGAAGACGCUGAAGAGUCUUUGGAUGAAGAAAGUGAAGAGAUGAACAGCAGCAACAGCACUGAUUCCGACGGUGGCGUGCAUUUGGACGGGUCCAUGGAUGUAGACGCGAAUGGGGUGACCGAUCGCGAUAUAAAGACGGAGGCCACAAGCAGUCCUGAGCCUUCCAAGGCCGCGAUGCUUGCUGGUCUACACGCCCAGUCGAGCUCCUCGUCAUCCUCAGCGGGCCCAUCCCGGCCGGUGAUAUCACCGGCCACGCCACCCUUUCAGGCGCCGGCCGAUGUUCAUCAACCAAGACAACGAACACCUCAACGAAGACAGAUUCGCCGCCGAGUUCCAAAUCCCACAUUUGAGCUCGAAGCUGUGGUUUCUUGUACUUCGGACGGGCUGGUAGUAGUUCUCCGGAAAGCUCGACCGCCGAUUCCUUCUCUGCACCCACCGUCGCUUCAUGCCGGCUUCGAGAACGGGCUAUUUGCCGCGCCUUGGGGUGCGCAGCCCGUCCGGCCGUACUACCCGCCGGAGCUGUUCUACACGUUCCAACCGCCUCUGCUCCCACAGUACAUGCCUCUACAAGAGCAUGUGAAGGCCUCAGGGGGGCCACCACUCGACCAACUGAUGAAGUCGAUUCAGGAUGUGGCUGUUUUCGCGUGGGGCAUCGUGGGUAUCAAUGGCAAUCUCGCUACGUACGGUCGCGGUGUACCAAAGGGGGAAUCCCAGCCUGCCGAUGGCCUUCCGGUUUGGGAUCCCACAGCACCGAAAUCUUCGUACCUAGGGCCCGAGUCCCACCGGCCCUCCAAACGAUGGGGAAGCCCUUCGUUUGAGAAGCCGCCGGCCAAAUCAGCUCCAGCUCCAGCUCUAGCUCCUGGACCACCAUACGUACCUGGCUUCACUGCCGAGGGGACACAGGGUUACGGUCACACUCCAAUGGGGUUCACCAACAUGAACACAGGUCGACCAACUCCGCCCUUGUGGCCGAGCCCAGCGCCGCCGUACACGCCUGCUACGGAGUCCUGGGCUCACCGUCAGAGACAGCAGCCUCCGCCGCCUGUGUCGACGGCGUACCAUCAUUCACCGCCAGAACCUUGGACAGGGGCUGCUGCCACUUACACCCAACAGAACGCAAACGACUACACACCCCCUACUUCCCAGGCACAAAGCCCCGGAGACGCGUCGCAUGACUCUAGAUACGUGUGGCAGUAG